CGCUAAGCAUAUUUAGAGAUGUGAAUAACAGAUAUAGGAUCUGUCUCUUCUACUGUAUAGAAGCAUAAUGUCAAUGGGCGCACUGAAUUGUAGGACUUGGGAAAGUGAUGGUCCAGAUGAAAAUGCUUCCAUUGCUGUAGAAACAAAUACUUCUGCCCAGGCUGAAAUAAAUCUGUUUCAAUCUGAUCCAAAACAUGAGGCUAAGGAACUGGAACAGAUACUAGAACCUGGAGUUGAAGCCUUUGUUUUUGAACAUGAGGCACAAUCUCCUAUUGACUCGGAUAUAAAUUUGGAAAGAGUUGAAGCUUUGGCAACCACCAUUGUUAAUGGUAGGAAUGCUAAGGUUCUUAAGCCAGCUGACAGUGCUGAAGACAAAGCAGUGAUGAUGGUAGAGAUUGAACAAAUCAGUGUUGGUGAGGAUGCUUUGGAGAACAACCAAACUCCAACUAACACCGACCCUAAUUCCGAGAUUGAACAAAGCUGUAAUGACCAAACUACUAUUGGCCCUACUCUUCACUCUUUUGAGGUGGAUGGACAGCACUAUGAAAUCAGUCCUAUGAAGAAGCGGAGACAAGCAACCUAAGGGAGGAACCUAACGACUUCCAAGAUGUCCAGAACAAACGCAACAAAAAAGCGGGGAAGAGGGGAACUGCACCAAGGACGAUUAAAACUAGAAGCUACGAUCCAAAUCUUGAAGUUGGAACAGUAAGCGAGAUCACUAGAUACUGGCCCAGCCACAAAUCAACCACAAUGGAGAAAAUCGUCACUACCAAAAGUUAUUCUGGGCCCUUUUGGUAUGUUGGACCUGUCGGCCCAAUUGGGGCAGAUGGGAAAAGGCCAAAGAAAAUAAUGCCCAGAAACCUUG